AUGAACACACCAUUUCAAUUUCACACCAUUGACUUGUGGAGUAGAUCGACCCCGGAAGCGAAGACUCGAACCCACUCAGCCCGCAGUUCACACGCCGAGCUCAAGAGCUCAGUCCAUGCGCUGGAGCAAUUAAACGUGUAUCCGAGGCUGGCCAGAGAACGCUCCCCAGUCCACAUACCAUUGCGCACAUCAAGUCGCCAAAUGGAGAGCCAGGAAGACCUCGGGAUGGACCGCAAAGCGUCGAAAGCGCAGCGGUUCUUUGGAACAGAGCUGUCACUGCCCGAACAUACACAAACAUGGGAAUCGAAGAAACAACGCCGACCGAGCUAUAAAACACCGCCCAGCAGCUCCCGCAGCGGCCCGAGACAGAGCAUGGGCUUAACGCCAUUUCCCUCGAAUACGCCCCUCCCGGAUCAGAACUUGCGCGUGCGAGCCUCAUCGCCUCUGCUGGGCGUGGACUACCGAUCGCAAGAGGAGGUACCACCGCUGCCCAAGCCGUCGAAAAAGUCCAUCACUCCGCCCAGAGUGCGGAAUGGCUUGGGUCUGGAACCGCAAGUGACGUUCAGUGAGGUGCCGAAUCCGCCCAAGGAAUCGAAGCGGAAGAUGCGUCCUCCCCGGAUUGACCUCUCGGUGUUGUUCCCCAAGCCUCGAAAUUCUAGUGCGCCUGGCGGUCUGUUGUCUCCACAACGCAUGACCAAUUCUCCUUCCCCUGUUUCCACUGUGGUGCCGGAUUCCCCUGUCAAUCCCAUCAUCCAGCAUCAGCAUCUUCCGAGUUCAAUUCCCAGCAAGACAGAAAGGACGACUGGGCAUUCAAGCAUGAGAUAUCCGGAAGCACCCCCUCGUCGGUCGUCCCUGCAAAAGAACGAGUCCCACAAGCACGAGUCCCACCAGAGCCAGUCAUCCAAAAAACAAGUUGACAACUCGGAUCUGCCAUCGAUCGCUGAGACGAAGAAUAGCGAGUGGUAUGACCAACCGUUCGGCCGGGUGGUAGGAACUAGCGAGAUCGACCUGGCCUUGGACAGAUACGCAGGCCGGCGUUCGCUCUUCAGUCGCUCCAGUGUGUAUUCCAACAGUCGGGAGAAUUUGCCAUUAGAACGGCAACGAACCCCAGAGGCUAAACCGCCUACGAGGCGUGCUCACAGUCCCUCUACCAGGACAAAAGAUAUGUACUUGAGCCCGAAUGCUCGUUCAGAGACGGUCCGCCCUCGGGGUAUGAGUGCCUCGCAGGAAUCCGGGAAGACCAAGAGGAGCGAAAAGAGCUCGACCUCGAAGAAGAGCAACAGAAGUACUUUGAAGAACAAGGACCUGCAGAACUCCAGUGUUCUUUGCCUUUCCUCGUCAUCUGAAGAUGAGGAUGAAGAAAUCACUCCAACCGAGCCAAAGCGCCAUGGAAAGAAGAACUACAGUGACAGUGUCGCCACCUUUGACGACGAUGAAUCCGAGAUCUUCAUAGCUUCUACCGCCAAGGCGGCCACAGUCACAACUCCCACUCUACGGCACUUUGAUCGUCAGCCAUCAACUGGCAGUCUCAAGUCGCAACCUGAAAAGGCCCCGGUUCGUCGCAAGGCUUCGCACUCCUCCACUGGCAAGUCUUCUACGGGCAAGUCUUCUCAGACAACCCGCCGCACUACCCAGACUCGUCGCUCGAGUGCGGUCCCCACCAUCGAGGCAGACCUUCUUGCACAAUUCCCCCAGCAGCCUCUUCGCUCUCCUGCAGAGCUGAAGGAGCUGAACCGAAGAAGUCGCGUCAUUGCUGUAACCCGACAAGAACAAGACCUUCUCGAGGCCAUGCGCAUCCGCAAGGGCAAAGUCACCCCGAGCCUUUUCAACUAUGGAAAUCUCCCCGAAGCAGACCGACGCUCAAUCCUCUCUGGGCCCUCCCGUGAUUCCUUCUGUGGAUCUGAUACCUCCUUCCUACGUCUCAGCAACGUUUUCCCGCCAUUUAAUACUCCAUCAGUAAAAGGUGCAGCCCACCCAUACAAAGACGGCACACCCUCCCAAAGCUCAGGCUCUGAUACUGAACAGAAAACCGGUAACUCUGUUGUCUCUCCAGGCUUCAGUGCCAAUUACUCCGAAAGCCUACCCUCUCCCGCCACCAGUGGUGCCUCGCCCCUCACUCCCACCCUGCCAAUUCAUCGCUUCUCGCCGCUUCCGUCCCCCAAGCCGCCCCCAAGAGGACCUCCGCCUGCCAUCCCCGAGGAUCAGAAGCGACACUCGCGCCGCCGCACUGAUAGCAGCGGAGCUAUCAUGCUGGACGAGAGCUGCGACCCCAAGGGCAACGGGGGCAUGCCUCUCUGGUCAUUCAAUUUCGAUUGGGAUCAGGAGCACGCCGGUAUUGCUACUGUGCACUGA